GUGGCAUGAUAUAAAGCGAAAGUGUGAACGCAAAGAAAUACCGUGGCGACAGCGACGAUGGUCUUUAACGGCCAGGUUUUAUUUAGUGAACAUGUUUUAAGUCACUACCGAGGUGUCCGAUGGCUUUGGUUUCACUGGCUUUCUCCGUCUGCGUUAUGAUAGUUUGUUGGCCUCAAUUAUCCAGCAGCGAUAACAGCUGUCCAUGUCCAGAAAUCCCAAAGUUGAAUUUAACAAAUCUCCCACAACAAGGCUGCUUCAAAAUAGGUGACAUUUUUCGCUACAAAUGUAAGGAUGGCUACCUGAGACAAGUGGGAACCUCAAAUUUAAUCAGAUGCAAUGAUCGGGGAGCUGUUCCACAGUGGAGCGAACCAUGGCUGGUGUGUAUACGUGACCCAAGGAUAACCACAACACAACCACCAAAAGCAACGAGGGCAACAACAACGGAGAGUCGCACUGAUAUUUCCCAUUACUCCAUCAGUACUUCCGCUAUCAGUUUUUUCUUCUCAGCAACAGCUUCCACUGCCCAGAUGAUGCAGAAUGCAAGCACAGUGCUUGAACAAGGAACCACUACACAGACAACCACCCACGCAGAAACUGUGAUGGAGACAACAGGAAAGACCGACACAAUCCAGAAUGCUACAGUGUCACCAAGAAGAGCUGACAACACCACCCCUUCUACACUCAAAAUUGACCCUGCAACAACCACAGCGGCAACGGUCACCACUGUUUUACUGGUGAUUCUCUGUACUGCAGGGAUUGUCUUACUGUAUCGAAGGAGGCGAAGAGAGCACAUCCCAGUGAACCAGGACCCAGAGGAUCUGUGAACACUGAAUGCAUGAGUCCUGGCCUACCUGGAGUGGACCAGUACAACACACUGACUUUGCAGUCACAGAGAGCUGCAGCAGUGUUUUACCAAAAGCAACAUCCCUUAAGUGAAGAAUGGACUCUUACCUCCACAUAGGACUGGUUGUCAUCGGUGCUUGAUAACCCAUUUGAACUUCUGUGGACGUCAUUCCAAAGAAUCACAGCCAUCUUGAUAUGGCAGCCCAAGAGGCUCAAUCUGAAACUUUCCUCUUAAUAGCUUUCUAGCUUCACAUAACCAAAAAACAACUCUAUAUGAGGAACUUUACGGUUAACAUCCCUCUGGGUCAACCAUUGCUCUGGUGCUAUGGUGGGAAGUGUUUUAUUUCUUUCUUUUAUUUAUUAUUCAGCUCUCAUGAAAAUACCAAAACUGAGUUACUCAAACUAAAUGUUGUCUCUAGCCAGGCAUUGAUGCAGUUAUAUCUCUGUUUAUCACAGAGAUGAACCCUUGUACAAAAACAAUAAUUAGGAAAGUAUUAUAUCUUCAGUAUCAGUUGGUGAGCUAGAUGGACACAAACAGACCAAAUUAUUUGUUCAAUUUUCUGCAGAGUAUUAUUUCGGCCAGUAACAGCAUGUCUUCUUUUGGAGCUGCUAAACCUUUUGCUCAAACACUUGGUAAUUUGUUUGUAAUGGGUCCUUAGUUAUACCUGGCAAAUGGAUUAUAGCCCCUUAGAUAAAUGAUCACUGGCCACUUGGUUAGCUACGGGUGUUUGUUAAGUCAGACAAAUCAGACUUGCCGAAGUGCAUCAAGUUGCACUUAAGCAUGGAGAUUGAUCUUAAAGAAGAGGCUAAAUUAUUCAUUAAAUGUUACUGUGGAUGGAAACAGGAAAUGCAGUAAGAAAUGAACUACAGUAGGGAGAACACAAUUUUUAGAAAUGUCAGAAAGCAAUCUGAAUCUGUAAUUCAGCUUUUGGACCCAAUGGAGUUGCGCUUUUUUUUUUUUUUU